AUGGCCGAAACCCAGGUCCAGCCCGCUUGUCUGAUCGUGAUUGAUGGCUGGGGUAUUCCUUCAGACCGUUCGCCCAAAGAUGGCGAUGCUAUCGCUGCCGCCGAGACCCCUACUAUGGAUGCCUUCUCGCAGGACAAGGAACACUUUGUCGAGCUCGAGGCCUCGUCCAAUGCCGUUGGCCUCCCCAAGGGUCUGAUGGGCAACUCCGAAGUCGGCCACCUCAACAUCGGCGCCGGCCGCGUCGUUUGGCAGGACGUCGUUCGUAUCGAUGCGAACAUCGAUGAUGGUACAUUUGCGAGCAACGCAGUCCUGAAGGAUCUGAUGGAGAGUGCCAAGAACGGCAACGGCCGUCUUCAUCUCUGCGGCCUUGUCUCCCACGGCGGCGUGCACGCCAAGCAGGACCACCUUUACGCCAUUCUCAAGGCUGCCAAGCAGUACGAAGUUCCCAAGGUCUUCAUUCACUUCUUUGGUGAUGGCCGUGAUACCGACCCCAAGUCCGGUGCUGCCUACAUGGAAGAACUCGUCGGCCAGUUGCAGGAAAUUGGCAUUGGUGAAAUCGCAACCGUUGUUGGUCGCUACUACGCCAUGGACCGUGAUAAGCGUUGGGAGCGUAUUGAGAUUGCGCUGAAGGGUAUGAUUCUCGGCGAGGGCGAGGAGAGCACCGACCCCGUCCAAGCCAUCAAGGAUCGCUAUGCAAAGGGCGGCUCCAAGGACAAGGAUGAGUUCCUGACACCCAUCAUUGUCGGUGGCCAGGAAUCUCGCAUCAAGGAUGAUGACACUGUCUUCUUCUUCAACUACCGUUCUGAUCGCGUCCGCCAGAUCACUCAAGUUCUGGGCAAUGUGGAUCGAUCCGUCCUCCCCGAUUUCCCCUAUCCUAACAUCAAGCCUCUCGUCACCAUGACUCGCUACAAGACGGACUACCCUUUCACCGUUGCCUUUGAGCCUCAGCACAUGGGCAAUGUUCUGGCUGAGUGGAUCGGCAAGCAGAAGGUCAAGCAGGUGCACGUGGCGGAGACUGAGAAGUACGCCCACGUCACCUUCUUCUUCAACGGCGGUGUUGAGAAGGUCUUCGAUCUUGAGGUCCGGGACGAGCGGGACCUGGUUCCCUCUGUCAAGUCUGUCGCCACCUACGAUGAGGCUCCUGAGAUGUCUGCCGCCGGUGUCGCUAAGCGUGUCGCCGACCGCAUCGCGGGCGAAGACCAGGUUGACAAAGACACUCGGGAAAAGACGGAAAAAUACCCGUUCGUCAUGAACAACUUUGCGCCCCCUGAUAUGGUUGGCCACACAGGCAACUACGAGAAGGCCAUCAUUGCCUGCAAAGCCACGGACGACGGUAUCAAGACCAUUUACGAGGCCUGCAAGGCGCACGGCUACAUUCUCUUCAUCACCUCUGACCACGGCAACGCUGAGGAGAUGAAGUUUGAGGACGGCAAGCCCAAGACGAGCCACACAACCAACAAGGUCCCGUUCAUCAUGGCCAACGCCCCCAACGGCUGGAGCCUCACCGAUCGUGUCGAGCUCAAGGACGGCAAGGUCAGGGAGCCUGUCCUCGGCGAUGUCGCGCCCACGGUCUUGCAGGCCAUGGGUCUGCCUGUCCCUGACGAGAUGACCGGCCAGAGCCUGCUCGUCCAGUCCAAGUCCGAGUCUGACAGCAAGAAGAGGCCUCAUGCUGAGUCUAACUGA